AUGUGUGGUAUCUUCGGCUACAUCAACUACUUGGUCGAGAAGGACCGGAGAUUCAUUCUCGAUACCCUGCUCAAUGGCCUUUCCCGCCUCGAGUACAGAGGGUACGACUCCGCCGGUCUUGCCAUCGAUGGUGAUAGGAGGAAUGAGGUCUACGCAUUCAAAGAGGUGGGCAAGGUGGCCAAACUUCGCGAAUUGGUCGAUAAGUCGGAUGUCGACAUGACAAGAGUCUUCGAUUCCCACGCUGGCAUUGCACAUACCCGCUGGGCCACUCAUGGUCAACCCUCCAGGCUGAACUGCCACCCCCACAGAUCUGAUCCCAAGUGGCAAUUCGCUGUCGUCCACAACGGCAUUAUCACCAACUACAAAGAGCUCAAAGCUUUGCUCGAGGGAAAGGGUUUCAAGUUUGAGACCGAGACCGAUACCGAGUGCAUUGCUAAGCUCGCCAAAUUCCUCUACGAUUCUCAUCCGGAUAUCGAUUUCACAACCCUCGCAAAGGCCGUGAUCAAGGAACUCCAGGGUGCCUUUGGCCUGCUCUUGAAAUCCGUUCACUAUCCCAAUGAAGUUAUUGCGGCGCGGAAAGGCUCACCCUUGGUGGUGGGAGUCAAGACAGCCAAAAAGAUGAAGGUGGAUUUCGUCGAUGUCGAAUACUCGGAAGAUGGCGGCGCCCUGCCGGCUGAGAAGGCAAACCACAAUGUUGCGGUCAAGAAGUCGGCGGCCAGUCGUCUCCUGUCUCCCAACGGUCUCCUGGCUCCGACUGACAAAUCGCUUCUCCACCGAUCACAGUCGCGAGCAUUCCUGUCCGAUGAUGGCAUGCCUCAGCCUGCAGAGUUCUUCCUCUCAUCCGACGCCUCGGCGCUGGUUGAACACACUAAGAAAGUUCUCUACCUGGAAGACGAUGACAUCGCCCACAUCCACGAGGGCCAACUCCACAUCCACCGCUUGACCAAAGAUGACGGCACUUCCAAUGUCCGUGCAAUCCAAACCAUCGAACUUGAGCUUCAAGAGAUCAUGAAGGGCAAGUUUGAUCAUUUCAUGCAAAAGGAAAUCUUUGAGCAGCCCGAGUCCGUUGUCAACACCAUGCGUGGUCGCUUGGACGUCACGAACAAGUCAGUCACCCUGGGAGGUCUUCGGCAGUACAUCAGCACCAUUCGACGAUGCAGAAGAAUCAUCUUCAUUGCCUGCGGCACCAGCUAUCAUUCGUGCAUGGCUGUCAGGGGUGCGUUUGAGGAGCUGACUGAGAUCCCGAUUGCUGUUGAAUUGGCCUCGGACUUCCUUGACAGGCAGGCACCGGUCUUCCGAGAUGACACCUGCGUCUUCGUAUCACAAUCGGGUGAAACUGCUGAUUCGCUACUGGCACUUCGAUACUGCUUGGAGCGGGGUGCACUGACGGUCGGGAUUGUCAACGUGGUCGGUUCCUCCAUUUCCAUGCUCACCCAUUGUGGUGUGCAUGUCAAUGCUGGCCCUGAAAUCGGUGUUGCCUCUACCAAAGCCUAUACUUCUCAAUUUGUCGCCAUGAUCAUGUUCGCUUUGUCGUUGAGCGACGAUCGCGCCUCCAAGCAUCAACGUCGGGCAGAGAUCAUUGAUGGAUUGGCCAAGGUCAGCGAUCAGAUCCGGGAGAUUCUCAAACUCAACGACUCGAUCAAAGACAUGUGUGCCAAAUUCUUGCAAAACCAGAAGUCGUUGCUGCUGCUUGGUCGUGGCAGCCAGUACUCAACUGCUUUGGAGGGCGCCUUGAAGAUCAAAGAGAUCUCAUAUUUGCACUGCGAAGCUGUCAUGUCUGGCGAACUUAAGCACGGUGUUUUGGCCUUGGUUGACGAGAACCUGCCCAUCAUCAUGAUCCUGACGCGAGACAACCUUUUCCCCAAAUCUCUGAACGCAUACCAACAAGUCAUUGCUCGUGGUGGACGACCUAUUGUCAUCUGCAACAAAAGCGACCCAGAGUUUCCACCCGACCAGACCGAGCGGAUUGAGGUACCGAAGACGGUGGACUGCUUGCAAGGCCUGCUGAACGUUAUUCCGCUGCAACUCAUAGCUUAUUGGCUUGCUGUUGCGGAAGGCCUCAACGUUGACUUCCCACGUAACUUGGCCAAGUCUGUCACAGUCGAAUAG